UCGACAAACCGCCUGGCGAUAAGGCCAUCACUGGUGUAAGUUUGAAAAUGCCUCGUUAUGAUGACCGAUACAGUAAUACUCGUCUUUAUGUUGGUCGCUUGUCUUCAAGGACGCGGUCACGCGACCUGGAGAGCCUCUUCAGCAGAUAUGGGAGGUUUCUGGGCUUUUGCCUAACCUGGAGGUCAAUGGUGUGGUGGUGGCCUUGGUGGAAUUUGUUGCCGAGUGCCUAGGAGACUUUGGCGAUUCUUUCUGUAUUGUUAUUGCGUGUUUUUAUGGAAUUGGCAACACACUCAAACUGGUGUUUAGUUCGUCUUGAGGGGCGAAGUAUCACACACAGUACUUAAGUAAUGAUGGCUUUACUCAACCAUUUCCGCAGAGUACGAGAUGUGGAUAUGAAGUACGACUAUGCCUUCGUUGAAUUUAGUGACCCCCGAGAUGCUGAUGAUGCAAGAUAUGGCUUAAAUGGAAGAGAAGUUGGUGGGAGUAGAAUCAUUGUUGAAUUUGCAAAGGGAACACCUCGUGGUUCAAGAGAAUAUCUAGGUAGAGGUCCUCCUCCUGGAUCAGGAAGGUGCUUCAAUUGUGGCAUUGAUGGGCAUUGGGCUCGUGAUUGCAAAGCUGGUGAUUGGAAGAAUAAGUGUUAUCGAUGUGGCGAAAGAGGUCAUAUAGAGAGAAAUUGCCAGAAUAGUCCCAAGAAACUCAGGCGUGGGCGGAGUUACUCGCGUUCACCAGUGAGAUCAAGAUCUCCUCGCCGUGGCCGAAGCCGUAGCCGAAGUUAUAGUCCAAGCCGUAGCCGUAGUUACAGCCGAUCAAGGUCUCCUCCGAGAAGGGACAGGGUUGUUGAGCGGGAAGAGAAGCGAUCAAGGAGCUACAGUGAGAGCCCUGAGCCAAAUAGGGGGAGUCCUCUCCCCUCGAAAGCAAGGAAGCGCAGCCCAACACCUGAUGAAGAAGAGGACAUCAGAGGGAGGGAUAGCCCCUCCCCUGAGAGAGAGAGGGUGGCAACUGAGCAGAACAGGUCCGAGUACAGUGAGAGUCCGCGAGCAACUAGUAGAAGCCCCAAGAGGGAUAGUAGCCCUAGUCCUGGGAGAUAUAGGAGCCCUUCUGAUGCUAAUGGUCACAGCCGCAGCCCUAGUCCUCCGGAUGAUAGAGUCCCACUCGAGGAGGAUGACAACCACCAACGUCCCCCUAGGGGGAGUGAGUCGCCUUAAGAGGAAGAAGUGUGUGUGUGUUGGGGGUGGUUACUAAUUUGGAUGGUUUUGCAUGAUGAUGGUGAUGGAUUUGGUUGAGUUUGAAGAAGGGAAACUAUUAGACUUCGGUAAGAGAGUAGAGUAGCGAUUUUAAAUUGAGUUUACUUACCCAUAUACUAAUAUGUUAGAUGUGGAAUGAUUUUUAUUCAAUUUAUAUGUUUGCCUUAUUAUUAAAAUGUUAAGGGGGUUAUUAAUAAUGUUGGCAAAAACAAUUAAAAUAGUUAAGGCCUUUUCCACUUGGGAAGAA